AUGAGGACGCGCUGGGCCACCCCUCUCCGUGCGGCGGAGCUGCUCGUGCUGUUCCUUCCGUGCUUCGGUCUGGUGGAGCCCUCUGGCCGCUCAGGUAAUGAUUCAUUCACCAUCGUUAAUGAAAACACAGGCAAGUGCAUCACGCCACUGAAUGACUGGAUAGUAGCAAAGGACUGUGAUGAAACCAAGGACAUGUUGUGGAAGUGGGUGUCCCAGCAUCGACUCUUUCAUUUGCAAUCCCAGAAGUGCCUUGGCCUAGACAUUACCAAACCUGUGGAUUCCUUGAGAAUGUUCAGCUGUGACUCCGAUGCCAUGCUGUGGUGGAAAUGUGAGCACCACUCUCUGUACGGAGCUGCCCAGUACAGGUUGACUCUGAAGGGUGGACACGCCAUAGCAAGUACCAAUUCAUCUGAUGUCUGGAAAAAAGGAGGCUCAGAGGAAAACCUCUGUGCCCAGCCUUACCAUGAGAUCUAUACUAGAGAUGGGAACUCCUAUGGGAGACCUUGUGAAUUUCCAUUCUUAGUUAAUGGGACCUGGCAUCAUGAGUGCAUUCAUGAUGGAGAUCGCAGUGGGCCAUGGUGUGCAACCACCUUAAAUUAUGAAUAUGAUCAAAAGUGGGGCAUCUGCUUACAACCAGAAAAUGGCUGUGAAGAUAAUUGGGAAAAGAAAGAGGAGAUGGGAAGUUGCUACCAGUUUAAUACUCAGGCAACUCUUUCUUGGAAAGAAGCUUAUGUUUCAUGUCAGAAUCAAGGAGCUGACUUACUGGGCAUCAACAGUGCUGCUGAGUUAACUUAUCUUACAGAAAAAGAAGGCAUUCCGAGAAUUUUCUGGAUUGGUUUAAAUCAGCUGUACUCUGCUAGAGGCUGGGAAUGGUCAGACCACAAGCCAUUAAACUUUCUCAACUGGGACCCAGAUGUGCCGAGUGCACCUAUAAUUGACAGAUCAAGCUGUGCAAGAAUGGACGCUAACUCGGGUCUGUGGCAGAGUUUUUCCUGUGAGGCUCAACUGCCCUACGUCUGCAAGAAACUGUUAAAUAACACAGUGGAGUUGACAGAUGUUUGGACAUACUCAGAUACCCGCUGUGAUGCAGCAGACUGGCUGCCAAAUAAUGGAUUUUGCUAUCUGCUGGUAAAUGAAAGUGAUUCCUGGGAUAAGGCACAUAUGAAAUGCAAAACCUUCAGCAGUGACCUCAUCAGCAUUCAUUCUUUAGCAGAUGUGGAGCUGGUUGUCACAGAACUCCAUAAUGGGGAUGCCAAAGAAGAAAUAUGGACAGGCCUUAGGAACAUAAAUACACCAACUCUAUUUCAGUGGUCAGAUGGUACUGAAGUUACUCUGACUUAUUGGGAUGAGAAUGAGCCAUAUGUUCCCUACAAUAAGACUCCCAACUGUGUUUCCUAUUUAGGAAAGCUAGGUCAGUGGAAGGUCCAAUCAUGUGAAGAGAAACUUAAAUAUGUAUGUAAGAAAAAGGGAGAAAAAUUGAAUGAUACAAGUUCUGAUAAGAUGUGUCCUCCAGAUGAGGGCUGGAAGAGACAUGGAGAAGCCUGUUACAAGAUUUACAAGGAUGAGGUCCCCUUUGGAACCAACUGCAAUCUGACUGUAACUAGCAGAUUUGAGCAAGAAUACCUGAAUGAUAUGAUUAAAAAGUAUACUAAGUCUCCAGAAAAAUACUUCUGGACUGGCCUGAGAGAUACAGAUGCAAGUGGAGAGUAUAGCUGGGGAAGUGCUGGUGGGAUAAAGCGGGCUGUAACCUUUUCCAACUGGAAUUUUCUUGAGCCAGCUUCUCCAGGAGGGUGUGUGGCUAUGGCUACGGGAAAGUCUCUUGGAAAGUGGGAGGUAAAAGACUGCAGAAGCUUCAGAGCACUUUCAAUUUGCAAGAAAAUAAGUGAGGCCUCUGAGCCUGAAAAAGCAGCCCCCAAGCCUGAAGACCCCUGUCCUGAAGGCUGGCAUAGUUUCCCCUCAGGUCUUUCUUGUUAUAAGCUAUUUCAUAUAGAAAGAAUUGUAAGAAAGAGGAACUGGGAAGAAGCUGAGAGAUUCUGCCAAGCACUUGGAGGGCACCUUCCUAGCUUCAGUCAUAUGGAUGAAAUAAAGAAAUUUCUUCACUUUCUAACAGACCAGUUCAGUGACCAGCGUUGGCUUUGGAUAGGUUUGAAUAAAAGGAGCCCUGACUUACAAGGAUCCUGGCAAUGGAGUGAUCAUACACCAGUGUCUACUAUUAUCAUGGCAAAUGAGUUUCAGCAGGAUUAUGAUAUCAGAGACUGUGCUGCUGUCAAGGUCAUUAAUAGGCCAUGGCGAAGAAGGUGGUAUUUCUAUGAUGACAGAGAAUUUAUUUUUUUAAGGCCUUUUGCUUGUGAUACAAAACUUGAAUGGAUGUGCCAGAUUCCAAAAGGUCGUACUCCAAAAAUACCAGACUGGUACAAUCCAGAGCGUGCUGGAAUUCAUGGACCUCCAGUUGUAAUAGAAGGGAGUGAAUAUUGGUUUGUUGCUGAUCCCCGUUUAAACUAUGAGGAAGCCGUCCUGUAUUGUGCUAGCAAUCACAGCUCUCUGGCUACUUUAACAUCUUUUGCAGGACUAAGAGCCAUCAAAAACAAAAUAGCAAAUAUAUCUGGCGAUGAGGAGAAAUGGUGGGUGAGAACUACUGACCAGCUAAUAGAACGUCAUUUUAUGCACUCACGACAUCCAUUGCAUCACUUUCCUAUAACAUUUGGAGAGGAAUGCUUUUACCUCUCUGCCAAGACUUGGUUUAGCGACUUAAAUAAACCAGCAGACUGUAAUACCAGGUUGCCCUUCGUCUGUGAAAAAUACAAUGUAUCUUCAUUAGAGAAAUAUAGUCCAGAUUCUGCCGCUAAAAUACAGUGCUCUGGGGAUUGGAUUACUUUUCAGAAUAAGUGCUUUUUAAGGAUCAAACCUAAGUCUCUCACAUUUUCUGAAGCCAGCGAUGCUUGUCAUACCUAUGGUGGAACCCUUCCUUCAGUGCUGAGCCAGAGAGAGCAAGAUUUUAUUACAUCCUUGCUUCCGGAUAUGGAAGCUACUUUAUGGAUUGGUUUGCGCUGGACUGCCUAUGAAAAGAUAAACAAAUGGAUGGAUAACAGAGAGCUGACAUACAGUAACUUUCACCCACUAUUGGUUGGUCGGAGGCUGAGAAUACCAACAAAUAUUUUUGAUGAAGAGCUGUCCUACCACUGUGCUCUAAUGCUCAACCUCCAAAAGUCACCUUUUACUGGGACGUGGAAUUUUACUUCCUGCAGUGAACACCAUACUCUGUCUCUCUGUCAGAAAUAUUCAGAAAUUGAAAGCAGACAGACCUUUCAGAAUACUUCAGAAACUAUGAAGUAUCAAAAUAAUCUGUACAAAAUAAUGCUGAAGACUCUGACUUGGACUGACGCUCUAAAGGAGUGCCAGAAAGAAAACAUGCACCUGGUGAGCAUCACAGACCCUUACCAGCAGGCCUUCCUGACUGUGCAGGCAGUCCUUCAUAACUCUUCUUUAUGGAUUGGACUCUCCAGUCAUGACGAUGAACUCAACUUUGGUUGGUCAGAUGGGAAGCAUCUUCAAUUUAGUCGCUGGGCUGAAAAUAAUGAACAACUUGAAGACUGUGUAGUAUUAGACACUGAUGGAUUCUGGAAAACAUCUGACUGCGAUAAUAAUCAACCAGGCGCUAUUUGCUAUUAUUCAGGAAAUGACACUGAAAAAGAGGUCAAACCAGUUAACAGUGUUCAAUGUCCAUCUCCUGUUCUAAAUACUCCAUGGAUACCAUUUCAGAACUCUUGCUACAAUUUCAUGAUAACAAAGAAUAGAUAUAUGGUGACAACACAAGAUGAAGUUCAUUCUAAAUGCCAGACACUGAAUCCAAAAUCACAUAUUCUGAGUAUUCGAGAUGAAAAAGAGAAUAACUUUGUUCUUGAGCAGCUUCUACACUACAAUUACAUGGCUUCAUGGGUUAUGUUAGGUAUAACUUAUGAAAAUAAUUCUCUCAUGUGGUCUGAUAAGACCACGCUGUCAUAUACACACUGGAGAUCAGGAAGACCAGCUGUAAAAAAUGGCAAGUUUUUUGCUGGCUUGAAUACUGAUGGCUUCUGGGAUAUUCAAACCUUUAAUGUUGUUGAAGACAUACUUUACUUUCACCAGCACAGCAUUCUGGCUUGCAAAAUUGAAAUGGUUGACUACAAGGAAGACGAUAAUACUACUCUGCCACGGUUUAUUCCACAUGAAGAUGGUAUUUAUAAUGUUAUUCAAAAAAGGGUAACAUGGUAUGAAGCAUUAAAUACAUGUUCUCGAAGUGGAGGUCAUUUGGCAAGUGUUCAUGACCAAAAUGGGCAGCUUUUUCUGGAAGAUAUCGUAAAGCGCGAUGGAUUUCCACUAUGGGUUGGGCUCUCAAGUCAUGAUGGAAGUGAAUCAAGUUUUGAAUGGUCUGAUGGCAGUGCCUUUGACUAUAUCCCAUGGAAAGAUAAAAAAUCUGCUGGAAAUUGUGUUGUCUUGGAUCCAAAAGGAAUUUGGAAACAUGAAAAAUGCAACUCUGUUAAGGAUGGUGCUAUUUGUUAUAAACCUACAAAAUCUAAAGAGGUGUCCUCUCAUACAUACUCAUCAAGAUGUCCAGCAGUAAAAGGGAAUGAGUCACAGUGGAUUCAGUACAGGGACCACUGUUACACGUCUGAUCAGGCAUUGCACAGUUUCUCAGAAGCCAGACGGUUUUGUUCAGAGCUUGAUCAUCCUGCAACUAUCGUUACCAUAAAGGAUGAAGAUGAGAAUAAAUUUGUGAGCAGACUGAUGAGGGAAAAUAAUAACAUUACCAUGAGAGUUUGGCUUGGAUUAUCUCAACUUUCUGCCGAUCAGUCCUGGAAUUGGUUAGAUGGAUCAAAAGUGACAUUUGUCAAAUGGGCAAAUAAAUUUAAGAGUGGCAGUGGACAAUGUAGCAUUUUGUUAGCUUCAAAUGAAACUUGGAUAAAAGUUGAAUGUUCACGUGGCUAUGGAAGAGUUGUCUGCACAGUUCCCUUGGGCCCUGAUUACAGAGGAAUGGGUAUCACAUUUGCUGUGCUAAGUUUCUUAGCUCUCAUCAGCGGAUUGAUCUGGUUGCUUUUCCAAAGGAACCGUUUGCACUGGGUGGGCUUCUCUUCAGUUCGGUAUCAACAAGGAGCCAAUGAAGAUGAAAUUAUGCUUCCUUCUUUCCAUGACUAAACUCUUCUAAAGGUUUGCUAAUUUGCACUGAUGGUUUAGGAAAAAUGAGCCAUUUAAAAUUUUCCCAGUGUCAGUAUUUACUCUGUUUCAACAUAGAAGUCUUAAGUACUUUUUCUUUUUUUGUUUAAUUUCUAUCCUGGUAUCUACAGUUACCCACAAAUGCCAUGUUUAUAACUCUACUUAAUAGAAUGAAAAGGAACCAAAGCUGGAACUAAAGUCCAAAUUGUUCAUAAGGUAAUAAGUUUAAUGUGCAUUUUUCUCUGUAAUAAUGUGGUUGGUAAUAAGGAUAUGUAUAUUUUAAUGGUAUUUUAACACAACAUCUUAGGAUAUCAAAACUGGCAUAUUACUAGGUCACAGAUCUACCUUUUAAGAACAUCCGAGCCAAAUGCAAAAUUAGUACCUCAAGGUAAAAACACAACUGUAAAUAAUAUCAACAUUGUUUUAAAAUAGUCAUUUGUAGCAUUUGGGGGAAAUUAUUGAACAGUGAAACAUGUAAACAGCAAAAUGGUGCCUCUUGGCAAGAGUUUCUUAUACUAUUCCAAAGAUAUUUCACACCAAAAUUAUUUAAAUGCAAAUGUUUUGUUCUGUUCAUAGUUUUUUUUUUAAAGACUUUUAAAAAAGAUUUAGUACUUAA